CCAUCGCAGAUUCGAUCGGCGGCGGUCUCACCAAAAACCUUCCAUAAUCAUUCUCUCUUUUUCUGUAUCACGGUUGGUAUCAAAAGUUGACGGCAUCGAAAUUACGCAUUUAGGCGUGUUAAAUAAUUGAAAGAUUUUGGAUUAUUAAUUGGUUCCGUUGAAGACAAAAUGCCAAAAGCAGUGUUCAGUGCUGUGUUUCUCAUAUUGGUCAAUUAUCUACGUGGAGGUCAGACCUUACAAUGCUGGUCGUGUUCAAGCGACAUCGAUAGGAACUGCGCAGAUAUCUUCAACGCAUCGGACAUUUUGAGGUACGGCGGCGGCAACUAUUAUCAACAACCAGGCGCGUACAAUCAAGGCUACAACCCCGGGGCCUACUCGAAUAACCAACAGGGUUACAACAGAAAUUAUAACGACCAGAGGAAUUAUGACCAAAGAAACUAUGACAGGAAUUACGAUCGUAACUACGAUCAGCAAAGAAACUACGAUCAGCAGAGGAAUUAUGACCAAAGGAAUUACGAUCCGAAUUACCCCAGGGACUACCAGAACCCAAAUGCGAAUCGACCCAGAUUUAGCCCGCAACUGAGCGGUAACAAUCCGGGACCGAGACUGAUUACUUGUAAUGAUGACGAGGCGCGAUUGGCAAGGAUGAGGACAGUGUGUAUCAAGAAGGUUCAAAGGAUUGGAAGUGAUCUUUUGACUUACAUCCGCCGGUGUGAUAUGAUUCCAUUUGAGAAAGAUAUUGGGACCUGCUAUGAUCCCGUAUCAAGGGGCAUCUCUUUGGACUUCUGCGAAUACUGUGACUGGGAUGGUUGCAAUUCUGCCGGAUCGCUUAAAAUCAAUAUAAUUCUGGCCAGUUUUCUACCAGUAACAUUGAUCUGGUUAUUUCGUAGUUAUUUUAUUUAAUUAGGGUUUGUUAACUUUUGCGAAAUGAUUUUAAAAAACUUCAAAGAAUCUCGGAAAUAAUAAAUUUUUCAUGUAUAGAGCGACACUGUGUUCAUACACUUUUGUGAUUUUGUUAUAGCUGUAAAUAUUUAGAUUUAAUAUUGAUUUCCAGAUAAAUUUUGUUUCAGAAUGUUUGCAAAAAUACCCUGUACUUACUGUAUUAUGAGAAGAAAUUUCAUAUCCUUAAAGUUAAGGUCAUUUUGGGAUUAGAUUUCAUUGAAUUUAUUCAGUAAUAAUUGUAAUACUAACCAUAAAAUUAAGUGUUUAGAAGUUAGUACAAACUAUGUUAUCCACUCUUCAGAGUAAAUAGUAUUUUUGUUA